CAAGAAUGUGGUGCUCUUUGCCCAAGUUUCUCUGAAACUUCUUUUCCCUCUUUAAAAGGAGGUCGCACAGUACUCAAUAUUAAAAAAUCACUGACUAAAGAGAGCACAGAAGCUGAAGCAGGAAUAUUGAUUAUACUUAGGAGCUCAGCCUAGACUAUGUAGCAAGUGUCUGGGUUACACAGGGAGACUUUGUCUUCGGAAGGAAAAAAUAAAAUCAAAAAAGCCCAAAGCCAGCUAAAGCUACUCUAUUUUACUGAUAGGAAAGAGACCCUUAAACGAGGUCAUAAAAAUUACAUAGUAGCUUAAAUAGAAGCAAAUCCCCGGCCACCAUUACAAAAGGUAACUAGUAAACUUAGGAGUGAAUUCUAGGCCAGCCAGGGACACGAGUCCCCUGGAGGGAGAGGGGGAAGAAUAAUCCAGCACACAGUGGGCAAAGGCAGGCGGAUCUCUGAGUUUGAGGCCACCUGGUCUACAGAGUGAGUUCCAGGAUAGCCAGGGCUGUUACAAAGAAAACCCUGUCUCAAAAAACAAAAAAAAAUCAAAAGAAAUCCUAAUACCCCACUACAUCCAUUAUGUUCACUACUUCAAGCCCAUUUCUGCCCUCUGUAGUCCCAAUCUCCCUCGCAUCCUCUCCAUGACAGCUUGCCUCACUACACUUCAUUAAUCCUGACCCGCAACUGGAUUCUCCUGUUCGGCCAGGAGAGCCAUAACAGACUCCACCCGCGACAGAACCGGCAGUUUAGCUAGCCCCUCCCUCGGCAGCAGAGCUAAACCCGAGGCGCAAGCACCACCAGAGCCCGUCACGCUUCGAUGGCGUCACGCAAGGCGCCGUGUCCGAAAUCUGGUCGCAUCCAUUGAUGCCGCCUGGAGCAAGUCUGUUAUUGUACUGUGCCUAUGUUGUUUCUUGGGCACAGCGAAUUUUUCCAGCGGAAAUGUAAACAAGAAAGAGUCCUGGUGGCUGAAAGCUGCUGAAAAAAGCAAAGAAAGGGAAAGAAUGAGAGAGAUCUGAAGGAAACGUCAUCAAAGCGCGCUGGAAGCGUCCGACAAUGAAGGCUGUGAUUUACCAUGCCUUUUCUCAUGAAGAAGCCAAGGAGCACGAUGUACAGGAGCUGGGAAGCCAGCAGCCUGAGGCCUUUGUGAGGGCCUUCCUGAAGCAGAGCAUCCCUCACUGGAGCCAGCAAGACUGUGAGAGCCAUCUGCAAUGCAAGGCUGUGGUCUUGGAAUACUUCACUCGUCAGAAGUCCAAGCAGCAGCAGAAGAAAUCCAAAGGCCUCACUGCCAAACAGAGGAGAGACAUGAGGCUCUUUGACAUUAACCCAGAGCAACAGAGAUACAGACUCUUCCUCCCUCUGCAUGAACUCUGGAAGCGGUACAUUUGUGACCUGUGCAACAGGCUCAAGCCAGACACCCACAAAAUCCAAGUGCCCCUCCUAUGUGGGGUUCACAGGAAUCCUUCUGCAUGAGACCAAGCAUGUCUUCAAGAUCAUCACCAAAGAAGACAACCUGAAAGUUAUCCCCAAGUUAAAUUGUGUGUUCACCAUAGAAAUGGAUGGCUUUAUUUCCUACAUUUAUGGAAGCAAAUUCCAGCUUCGGUCAAGUGAGAGGUCUGCCAAGAAGUUCAAAGUAAAGGGAACGAUUGACCUGUGAACUCUCUGCCACUGGAGACAGAAGUCGCUGGCAGCUGAGAACUGGAAAUACUUUAAAUACCCACUUUUCCAUGAAAGCUUUCUGGCUGUGGCCCUCCUGUAGUCCAGGGAAAGCAGAGUGGCUGAGGAACUUUGAGCAAUAUAAGAAGUAGUCAGGGGUAGAGGUUUGCCUCUCCAGGGAGGAAAGACUAGCAGAAAAUGCACCAGGACUAACCCUGGGUGAUUUGAGGAAGGGUGCCGUUAGGUUCUAUCCUUCAUACUUUCCUGUGUUUCAUACAUUCUGUGCUGAAUCAGUUAUUCAGUUAAUAACAAAAUACACUACAGGCAUAAAUGGGCUCAAAUGAAAGAAUCUUCUUGACUUUCUGGGUUGAAAGGGAAGGGGCUUUUGUGACUCCCUCAUCCCAUGUCCAUCUACCACCUCCCAUUGCUUUCACAGUGUGGAACAUCAUGGUUCUGACUGGAGGUCAGUCCUGCUUCAAACUCUGCACUGCCUACAGUUUGCUGCUCUCACAUGGAGGCAUAGUGACCUUGCUAGAUGGCUCAGGGCUUCACUGCAGCAGUCAGAAUGGAGCAGAGAGGCAGGUCUGCCAGUACCUGUUGGCUACUAUUUGGAUAGAUUGGCCAAUGUAUCUAGCAAUGAUACCUUUGGCAUCUUAGUUCCAUUUUUGCUGCUGAAAUCAUAGCUUUUCUACUGUGUAAGGCCAGAUGAGGUCUUUCUGCACAAGACCAUUGGAACUGCAGGUCAGGGCCAGCAUGAGAAAUGGGGGGGGUCCAGCCACUCAGUGCCAGUAUUAGGAAGACCUUGUCCUUGAAACCUGGUUCAGAGGCAUCAGUUGUCCCUUGCUUGUAAGAAGUGUCUGCUGGCCAGCUUAGAAACUCGCCCUGUCAAUAAUAAGUGACAACCCAUCCACCCACUCACCCCAGGUAAGCGGUGUGCUGGUGGUCAAUUCAUUGGUGCCUCCCACUCAGACAACACUGGAUGAAAGAGGAAUGAGUGAGCCUAAUGUCCUUUACAUGACACGAAAACAGAAAGCCUACUUUCUCCCAGAAAUCAAAGUGCCCCCCUAAGUCCUAGAGACUAUCCAGGCCCUGGUUUUAUCUAUAUCAUCUAGACAUUCCUCAUGGCACUGACCCUCAUGUUAUCACAUAGUCCUUGCAACCCAGGUUCAGAGCACACAUGAGCCCUCAGCCUGAAAGUGAUCAUUGUCCAAGGUCUCAUGGACUGGGAGAUUUGAACCAGAAAGCCUGGGUCCAGAGUCAUGUUCUUCCCAGCAGGACAGCUACAGAGAUGUAAAGGAGACUGCUAAAAUAUGUAUAUAUCCCUUAUUUACCCAGUUCUCUACCAAGGAACUCUGUCUUCUGUGUAGAGACUGCUGUUCUAGCCAGCCAAAAGUGUAUGGGUGUUACAAAUUUGGAGCAGACCUGCUCAUCCCUGCCUCUCUGUGAUGUAAAGUGCACACUAUGUUGCAUAAACACAGUUGCUUCCCAGAAAACCUGCUGGUGCCAUUUGCCAACUGAAACGUUUUUCUGCUGGCCCCAACUCAAGUUUCCAUUGACUAAGGACACUCUCUCUCAGGGGAGACAAUGUGAUGCUCACCUGCCACAGAGUCUCUGCUCUUUGCCUUGUCUGGGAUGUGCUGCUAUUGUCUCCCUGAUCUUCCCAGGGGACCAAGGUCCACAGCAUCCUCCCAGGCACUGGUCCUAGGGAAACUGCACUCGGUACUACAUGGAGUAUGGCUAGCCAAGUCCCCACACCUUCAUAGUACUUGGCACUCGUGACUCUGUCUCCAAUGAGCAGGACUAUGGUAGAAAUGAGAUUUAGGGUAUAGAGAGCCACAUGUGACAACCAGCUCUGUUGAAUGUAAACCAUGCACUACAGAAACAUUGGCCCCAGAAGCCAAUGUUAAAAGCUGUUGGCACCUCAAGAAAGGACUCAGAAUGCUAUCGAGAUUAGUUUGUGCUAAGUGUUCCUCCUGACUGGUCAACAGCCACCUCUCGCUGUCCUAUGGUCUAUCCUCAAGAGUGGGGAGCUCUAGUGUGUCUCUUAUAAUGAUACUGGGCCAUUGAAUUAACAUCUCAUCCUAUGACCCAUUUAUCCUUAGUUACCUCCUUAAAGAUCCUAUCUCCAAACAUAGUCAUGUUGGAGGUUAGAGCUUCAACAUAGGAAUUUGAGGAGGGGUAGUGUACCCUUCAGUAACAACUGUGAAAUGUUCCUAAUUAGAAAAGGUUGUCUAUACCUUCCAGGAAGGUGGCAAUAUCCACUCUGGACCCCAUAUGCAGAAUGGCCUGGGUUUCUCUGGUGUUUCUUUGGUGUAUGGUAUGUGUGGGCCACCAGCCAGCUCAACCUAACUGCUAGACUCCAAGUUCCUUUAUUUUGUCAGCAUGCACAGUAUCCAGACUCCUGGAGUUAUCAGCAGCUAAACUCCUCCCUCCUUGUUCCACUGGGAAUAGCACAGUCUGAUUGUAGAUGUGUAGAGUGAUAGGGUGGUUAAUGUCAACAUGACUGCAUUGAAAAAUGCUUAAAAAAGUAGUACACUUCUUGCUGUGGCUCUGAGAGCUUUGCAGAGAAGAUUAAUUGAAGGAGAAGAUCCACCCUAUACAUGGGAAGUUUCAUCCCCUAGGGUCAGGAGCUGGGUACAAGAAAAGAAAGCUUGCUAUAUGUCCUUUUCCACUGUGUCCUCCCUGCCAUGAUAACUGAAGCUCAGACCAAAAUAAUGCCCUCCUCAUGUCAUUUAUGUCAGGUAUUUUAUCACAGGAACAAAAAGCCUAACAUAGAGGAUGGGCAGAGUUGGCCCCUGAGGAGAGCCAUGGGAUAUCAAGAAUCUAAUCACACCCAGGUUCAGAACCAUCAUAAAGAACCCAGGAAAUCAAAACAAGGCCUGAAAAGGUCUGCUACUGUUCUCCCCACCAAGCAGGAGAAGUGGAAAGGGGACAUGUGGCCACCAGUCUCAAUCCCAUAAGACAUACCUUAGAUUGCACCCAACUCAUUAGUGGUGGGGUGAGAUGGCAGGAACUUCUACUCACUUUCAAAAUCAUGGAGCAGGAUACAAAAUUCUGAACAGUUUAUUAAUACUUGAAAUCUUUCAGGGUCUCCAAGCUGCUAUCUGUCAAAUGGGAUAACUUGACUGCAUGAAGGCCGCCACAAUCAGGCUCCUGGGAUUCUGGACCGGAAUAAGCAGGCAUAUGUCUGCAGCAGCUGAUCCUAUGCUGCACUUCUAUUGGUGAAAUUAUUAAGGCCACUCCAGGUAGUUAAAAGUGAGGUUUAUUUUGGGGUAAUUUACAAGUGAAGGGAUAGGUAACAGGGUCUGGGAAAGGUGUAGCAUAGUCCGGGAGUGUUCUCUGGAGAACUCUGCUCGGUCUUCCUCCAGCGUCCAGGGUCCAGGAACCAAGAGAGCUGGCGCAUCCGGAUCUCAGGUCUUCAGGGUCCUCUCUCGGCCCCGCCUUGUCGGCGUGACAGUUACUGAAGCUUCAGUGGGGGUUGGAACUUCCAGAUCAAAGCUGGAAUGGCUACCCACUACACACUUCAGCCAUACUAAGUCAGACUCCAGGAGUGGAAUCUGUAUGUUUGUGUAACACCCCACCUGCUUCCUCCAUUCACCAGUAUUUGAAGAUGGUACAUUCCAGAUGGCAUCUAAGUCUCUUCCAGUCCUGAUGUCUGAUUUGACCAGGCUUGAGCCAGGCGUUUCUGAAUGCUGAAAAGGAUCACCCAAUGACCAGUCUCUCAGGUUCUGAAGAAUAAACAUGAAGAUUCUUCCCCAAAUCCAUCAAUUAGGGUAAAAGGCUCACUUUCUGGACAAUGGCUUUUGUGUUAAUUUAGUUUGCAUUCCUUAACUACAAUGCCUCAUUAAGACAUCUGUUAAAUGUCUAUAAUAUUAAUUUAAUAGAGGGGGUUCCAAUAGAACUGUAUUGAAUUGUC